CACUGUCCGUGUGAGGCACCCUCUGUCGAAAAAGCUCGCUGGCUGACGCAUUUCCUUUGGGCCACGGCUCACACGGACAGUUGGCCAAGAGAGAGAGGACGGAUUGGACGGAUUGAACGGAUUGGACGGAUGGAGAGCGAGCUUUUUCGACACGGCUGCUGCGAUCUCGAUUCACGGCGACUGCGCAGCCGCGGCUGAAGACAAUCCCGGCGCAGCAUCGGCCAUAUAAAAGCUCGCUGCGUCUGUGCGAAAUUAUUCAGUUAACUGUUGCGGGUUGGUUGAGACAUACAAGCCCAUCUUGAUCGCAAAGUGUUGAGGAGCUAACCUAGUGCAAAAUGAAAUCCAUGCUCAUUUUCGGCCUUGUGGCGAUGUGCGUGCUGGUGGCCAACGCCAGUGAGGAGGCACCCAAGAAGGCCGUCGAGACCGCCGAGCCCGCCGAGAAGAAGCAGGAGAAGCGCGGCAUUGGCCACGGCCUUGGCUACGGAUACGGACCGUCGGCGGGUGGCGCCAUCCUGGGAUCCGGCAUCGGUGUUGGAAUUCCAGUGGCUCCCGUUGCCGCUGAGCUGCCCACUCAGGUGCACACCAACACCGUGGUGAGGACCGUGCAGGUGCCCUACCAGGUGGAGCGUCACGUUCCCUACCCCGUCGAGAAGACCGUCACCUAUCCCGUUAAGGUGCCCGUGCCCCAGCCCUACCCCGUGGAGAAGAUCGUCCAUGUGCCCGUCAAGGAGAUCGUGAAGGUGCCCGUCGAGGUGCCCCAGCCCUACCCCGUCGAGAAGGUCAUCCGUGUGCCCGUGAAGAUCCCCGUUGACCGUCCCUACACCGUCCACGUCGACAAGCCCUACCCCGUGCCCGUGGAGAAGCCCGUGCCAUACACCGUCGAGAAGCGUGUGAUCCACAAGGUGCCCGUCCAUGUGGAGCGCCCAGUGCCCUACAAGGUGGCCGUGCCCGUGCCUGUCCACGUUGAGAGCCACGUGAAGCCCGCCGUGGCCGUCACCCACACCGUUGCCGCUGCUCCUGCCAUCAUCAGCCACGGCUACUCCGGACACGGUAUCUCCGGACACGGAAUCUCCGGAUACGGAAUCUCCGGACACGGAAUCUCCGGACACGGAAUCUCCUCCUACGGCGGCGCCUCCUACGGCAGCUCCGCCCACGGUGGCUACCUCCACAAAAAGUAGAUGAAAUCGCAUUGCUGUCGAGAGCCAAGCGAGAAGUGAAGUAGGGUGAAGGCGAGCGAACCAACAAGUCGAAAGCACCCAACAGACAUUAAGAAUCAAGCACCCCGCCCUCUUUUCCCACGCCCAGCAACCGCCAACGUACGACUUACAAAUUUAGUUAUAGUUUGUGAUACCAACCGAAAUUCUGGACGGAUCGGAACCAGGAGAAAAUCACACAACUGACGCAAUUCAUCGAUAUCGAAAGCUUGCCAAAACCCAUCUGGGGCGUUUGAAAAGUGCCUGUCUCCUGGCAUCCAAAUCCAUCGAGUGUACAGUUCUUUUGUAGACAAUCACAGAGAAAUACCCGCUGACGAGUUG